GGGACGGGACGCCAAGACAGUAUGCAAGUGCCGCGAAUCGCGCUCGAAAAUUUUUUCGUGCUUUUUGUACGCGUCGGUGUAUAUCGACUGAUAUCGACCAGAACGAAAUUUUUUAUCGCGUGUUGCGACUCGCAUUUGACAAGCUCUUCGAGGGAGGGGGUGGGAAUAGUCCGAAACUCGUACUCUCGUAGUCGGAUCAUUCUCGGAUUAGACGUGCGCCACCACAUGCAUAUAUAUACACAUCGCUGGUCGGUGCCGCAGCUGACAGCUGACGGCAUUGACACUCGCGGUACACGCGAUUCCGGUUUGACCGCUUUCUCCCGCGCGAGCAUACUUGUCGCGUAUUAAAAGUGCUCCGCUCGUCUGUAUCGGUCCCGGCUUUUCCAUAAUAAAAAAAAAUAAAAAAAAAAAAAGACCUCCCCAAAUCCCUCUCGCCGUGAUAAGAACCGGGUUAAGCACCAUCCGCGCCUCCGUCAUCGCGGAAGAGUCGGUAUAUCAAAAUCGCCGAAGCGGAAGGCACCCUCGUCGAGCACGUUUAUUCCACGUCUAUAAGUUAUUCGCCGUCUGCAGAUAGGAGAUAGUUGUGGAAGAUAAAAAAAAGAAAGAGAGAAAGUGAAAGACUCCUGACGGACGGUGACAACCAUCGAAGAAUAUGAUUGUUUGAUUUAUUCUUAUAAAAAUGUUAGAUUUUUUGUAGGAUGGCACGUGGGCAGCAGAAGAUACAGUCUCAAGCCAAGGCAGCGGAAAAAAGUGCGAAACUAAAGAAACAGCAAGGACACAGUGCCAAUGAUCAAAAGAAGGCAGCGCAGAAAGCACUCGUGCACGUGUGUACCAUAUGCAAGGCCCAAAUGCCAGAUCCUAAGACUUACAAGCAACACUUUGAAAAUAAACAUCCCAAAACCGAGCUGCCCGAUGAUUUGAAGAAUAUAUGAGGGUACGAACUGUUGUAAAGUGGAGAUCACGGGUGAGAGGGCAGAAAAAAUUUGCUGCAACUGACAAAGUGAUAUAGUUCAACAUUCAUCUGAUCAUUACAUGAUUUCAGAAAAUAAAUUAAUAUUGUUAGUGUUUUGACUAAUCUAUCGCACUCAAUAGAUUGUUGUUGCACGACUCAGAAUAUUAAGCAUAAUCGAUGAUUUACUUAUAUGGAAAUUCUUGAUUUGUAAACUACUAUUUUUCACACACGUCAUAUAAUCAAUACUUUUCACGUACGUUAAACAUUACAUCUGAAGAGAUCCUGUGUAUAUUUCUAAAUAAAGUUUAUAAAUUUUGGCAAAAUUCUGAAACAUUUUAACAUAAGGAAAAACGCAAUAUCGUCGAUUUCUUAUUUCUGUUAUAAAGGAAGAUGAUAUGUAAGGAUGAUAUAAAUGACUAAUCAGAAUUUUAAGUAUUUAUACAUUAAGAGCAUUUUUAUUCAGUUCUUUAUACAGUCUUGGCUAUAAGUAUAAAGCACCUCUACAAAUUGACGUAAAUGUCAAUUCUAUAUCUAACGAAAAAUAAACAAUUUUGUUGAAAAAUAUUUUUAUAAUUUUAAUAUUUUGUUAGUCCUUUGGUUCUUAUUGCCGUUCUUUCAAAAAAAAUUGCAAUAAAUUAAGUGCUUUAUACUUAUAAUUAAGGUAACUCGUUAUUACUUUAAAAGCGUUUGUAUUUCAAUGAAAGCUUAUACGAAAAAGCACUAUAAAUUUCCCUACUGUAAACUUCUUUAUGAAAAGAAUUAUUUUCUAUCAUUAACUUUGUUGCAUUUAACUGAUAGUUAUAUUUUGAGAUAUUAAGUUUAUAAAAACAAUUCUUUAAAUUACAAGAAUUUGAUACAUAACAAUCUUUAACUACAUAUAACUGCCAAUUUAUAGUUGAUUAUAUUGUAUGCUCUUUAAAAUAAGAACAAUCAAUAGCUGAAACGGAGAUAUUACGUUAGCCUUUCUCUGUACAUUUAUAGAAGUAAAUACUUUUAUUGUUUAUAAAACAAAGCUCGUUGUUAUACUGAGCUGUCCACACACAUACGCAUAAUUUUUCCUGUUACAGAUAAAAUAAAUAACAUUUUUUAUGCUUGUAAAAUAUAUAUAGUACUUAAAAUACCGUAAUAAACUAAGAAUAAUUGAUUCAUCUUAUAUUGUUAUGUAUUUAUUGUAAUUGUAAGAAAUGUAAGAGUAUUCUGUUGUCUUCAAUAAAGAAUCCAUUAUUCUUGGAAUGUAAUAUUAU